UUAGCUGUAUGCUAAUAUUGCUAGGAGAUGAGUCGCACAGCACGCUGAGCUGCCAGUGGAGGCAAGCAGAGUCUUAGCAGAGCUGACUCCUCAAGAGCCAUGGCUGAAGGGGGCGAAGUGGAGGAUGAGAUACAAUUCCUCCGCACUGAUGAUGAAGUUGUCCUUCAGUGCAUUGCCACCAUCCAUAAGGAACAGAGGAAAUUUUGUCUGGCAGCUGAGGGACUUGGGAAUCGACUUUGCUUCUUGGAGCCAACAUCAGAAGCCAAGUAUGUCCCUCCUGACCUGUGCAUUUGUAAUUUUGUGCUGGAGCAGUCCCUCUCUGUUAGAGCCCUUCAGGAAAUGUUGGCAAACACAAUGGCACAUGGCAAUGAAGGGGCAUCGCAAGGAGGCGGACACAGGACUUUACUCUAUGGCCAUGCUAUCUUACUAAGACAUUCAUUUAGUGGAAUGUACUUGACAUGUUUGACCACAUCCAGAUCACUCACAGACAAACUUGCAUUUGAUGUUGGACUGCAAGACACAGCAACGGGAGAAGCCUGUUGGUGGACAAUACAUCCUGCAUCCAAACAGAGAUCUGAGGGAGAAAAGGUUCGGAUUGGAGAUGAUCUUAUUUUAGUCAGUGUGUCUUCUGAAAGAUACCUACAUCUCUCCAUAUCCAAUGGAAUGGGCAAUAUUCAGGUGGAUGCUUCCUUCAUGCAGACACUGUGGAAUGUCCAUCCUACAUGCUCUGGGAGUAGUGUGGAAGAAGGGUAUCUCCUUGGUGGACAUGUUGUUCGGUUUUUCCAUGGUCAUGAUGAGUGUUUGACAAUACCAUCCACCGACCCAGCCGAGGCCCAGCAUAGGAAAGUAAAUUAUGAAGCAGGUGGAGCAGGUGUUCGCGCCAGGUCGUUAUGGAGAGUGGAACCUCUCAGAAUCAGUUGGAGCGGAAGCCACAUCCGAUGGGGGCAGACAUUUCGCCUUCGCCAUAUUACAACUGGGCAAUAUUUGGCACUAACAGAGGACCAAGGACUAGUGCUACAAGGCCGAGCAAAGUCGGAUACUAAAUCAUCAGCUUUCUGCUUCAGAGCAUCCAAAGAAAAACUGGACUCUGGGCCAAAGCGAGACAUAGAUGGAAUGGGAGUAGCAGAAAUUAAAUAUGGAGAUUCCAUUUGCUUUAUCCAGCAUGUAGACAGUGGCUUGUGGCUCACCUACAAAGCCCAAGAUGCCAAAACAGCAAGACUGGGACCACUUAAAAGAAGAGCAAUUCUGCACCAGGAAGGUCAUAUGGAUGAUGGCGUCACUUUACAGAAGUGUCAGCAUGAAGAGUCCCAGGCUGCUAGAAUCAUUCGUAACACCACAGGCCUCUUCAGUCAAUUUAUUAGUGAUUUGGAUUCUCUAACGGGGAACAAUCGGACAGUAACAGCCCCCAUCGCCCUGCCUAUUGAGGAGGUAGUUCAAACCCUGCAAGACUUGAUUGCUUAUUUCCAGCCUCCAGAGGAAGAUCUAGAACAUGAAGAUAAACAGAAUAAACUCCGUUCACUGAAAAACAGGCAGAACCUUUUCAAAGAAGAGGGAAUGCUGGCUCUGGUACUAAAUUGUAUUGAUCGCCUAAAUGUGUACAGCAGUGCGGCACACUUUGCUGAAAUUAUUGGGGAAAAAACUGGGCCAGCAUGGAAAGAAAUACUGAACCUCUUCUAUGAAUUGCUAGCUGCUCUGAUUCGUGGAAAUAGAAGCAACUGUGCACAAUUUUCCAAUAAUCUCGAUUGGCUUAUAAGUAAGCUAGAGCGUCUUGAGUCAUCUUCAGGAAUAUUGGAGGUUCUGCACUGUAUCUUGAUUGAAAGCCCUGAGGCUUUAAACUUAAUAGAGAAAGGACACAUACGCUCUAUCAUUUCCCUGUUGGACAAGCAUGGAAGGAACCACAAGGUCCUGGAUGUCCUCUGCUCUCUGUGUGUUUGCAAUGGUGUUGCAGUUCGUACAAAUCAGAACCUCAUUUGUGACAACCUGCUGCCCAGAAGAGAUUUAUUGUUACAAACCCGCUUGGUUAAUGAUGUUACCAGCAUGAGACCGAACAUCUUCCUCGGUGUGGCAGAGGGCUCAGCUCAAUACAAAAAGUGGUACUUUGAGAUGAUCAUUGAUCAAGUAGAUCCCUAUUUGACACCAGAGCCAACUCAUUUGCGCGUUGGCUGGGCUUCAACCUCGGGUUACGCUCCAUAUCCUGGAGGAGGUGAAGGAUGGGGAGGCAACGGUGUAGGUGAUGAUCUUUUCUCCUAUGGUUUUGAUGGUCUUCACUUAUGGUCUGGUCGAGUACCAAGGGCAGUGGCUUCAAGUAAUCAGCACUUACUGGCUUCUGAUGAUGUUGUCAGCUGCUGCUUGGACCUUGGAGUGCCCAGCAUUUCAUUUCGCAUUAAUGGCCAACCGGUCCAAGGCAUGUUUGAAAACUUCAAUACAGAAGGAUUAUUUUUUCCAGUAGUGAGCUUCUCUGCUGGAGUCAAGGUUCGCUUUAUUCUUGGUGGCCGCCAUGGUGAGUUCAAGUUUUUACCUCCAGCUGGCUAUGCCCCAUGCUAUGAAGCCUUGUUACCAAAAGAGAAGAUGAGAGUGGAGCCUGUGAAAGAGUACAAGAGGGAUUGUGAAGGCGUUCGAGAUUUGUUGGGAACAACACACUUUCUUUCACAAGCCUCAUUCAUCCCGUGUCCUAUUGAUACCAGCCAGAUUGUUUUACCACCCCACCUUGAAAAGAUUCGAGAUAAGUUAGCAGAAAAUAUUCAUGAACUAUGGGGGAUGAACAAGAUUGAGCUUGGAUGGAUUUAUGGAAAGGUACGAGACGACAAUAAACGCCAGCAUCCCUGUUUGGUGGAAUUCUCAAAGCUACCAGAAACAGAGAAGAACUACAAUCUACAAAUGUCUACAGAGACUUUAAAAACCUUACUUGCUUUGGGAUGCCUCAUUGUUCACUCAAAUCAAACAGCUGAAGAAAAUCUUAAGAAAGUAAAACUCCCAAAAAAUUAUAUGAUGUCCAAUGCUUACAAACCUGCCCCGUUGGACCUGUCUGAUGUAAAACUGUUACCAGCCCAGGAAGUUCUUGUUGAUAAACUUGCAGAGAAUGCACACAAUGUCUGGGCUAAAGACAGAAUAAAACAAGGAUGGACCUAUGGCAUUCAGCAGGACCUGAAGAACAAACGAAAUCCUCGCUUGGUGCCAUAUGCUUUACUUGAUGAACGGACUAAAAAGUCUAAUAGAGACAGCUUGCGUGAAGCUGUGAGAACAUUUAUUGGCUAUGGCUAUAAUAUUGAACCACCAGACCAAGAAAUCACUGACCAAAUGAUGGAGCGCAUCAGCAUUGAUAAGAUUCGCUUCUUUAGGGUGGAGCAGACAUAUGCUGUCAAAUCUGGGAGUUGGUAUUUUGAGUUUGAAGUGGUGACUGGAGGUGAUAUGCGAGUAGGCUGGGCUCGACCCAACUGCAGGCCGGACAUUCAACUCGGAGCAGAUGAUCGGGCAUUUGUAUUUGAAGGAAGCAGAGGCCAGUGCUGGAACAUGGGAAGCUCUUUCUUUGGUCGCAACUGGCAGCCAGGAGAUGUGGUGGGAUCCAUGAUUAAUAUGGAUGAUAAAUCUAUGAUCUUCACGUUAAAUGGAGAACUGCUCAUUACUAACCAAGGGUCUGAACUGGCAUUUGCUGAUUUUGAAAUUGAAAAUGGUUUUGUUCCGGUCUGCUCUUUGGGACUGUGUCAGAUUGGUCGCAUGAACCUAGGUAAAGAUGCCAGCACCUUCAAAUACUACACAAUGUGUGGUCUGCAGGAGGGCUUCCAGCCAUUUGCUGUGAACAUGAACAGAGAUGUUGCCAUGUGGUUCAGCAAACGCUUACCUACCUUUGUCAAUGUGCCAAAAGAUCAUCCUCACAUUGAGGUGACAAGGAAAGAUGGUACUGUAGAAAUCCCUCCAUGCUUAAAGGUUACACAUAAAACCUUUGGAACCCAGAACAGUAAUGAAGACAUGAUAUACUGCAGGCUGAGUAUGCCAGUUGAGUUCCAUUCUGCGUUCAACAAUGAAGAACAUUUCCAAAAGAGAAACCAACUUCAUGAUGCAUCUUCACAUACUGCCACGUUGUAUUAUUACUCCGUGCGAAUAUUUGCUGGUCAGGAUCCCUCUUCUGUGUGGAUAGGAUGGGUGACUCCUGACUACCACUUCUACAGUAAAAAUUUUGACUUGAGCAAGAACUGCACUGUGACUGUCACUUUAGGAGAUGAAAGAGGCAGAGUGCAUGAAAGUGUAAAACGUAGCAAUUGUUACAUGGUGUGGGGAGGUGACCUCUCCACUGGCUCUCAGAGGUCAGGCCGCAGCAAUGUAGAUAUAGACAUUGGGUGCCUUGUUGACCUGGCCACAGGACUGCUUUCCUUCACAGCUAAUGGAAAAGACCUAGGAACCUGCUACCAGGUUGAACCAAAUACCAAGCUGUUUCCAGCAGUUUUUCUGCAGCCAACUAGCACUAAUCUCUUUCAGUUUGAACUUGGAAAAUUAAAGAACACCAUGCCACUAUCAGCUGCAAUAUUUAAGAGUGAAGAAAAGAAUCCUGUUCCACAGUGUCCACCUCGUUUGGAUGUGCAAUCUAUAACCCCAGUACUAUGGAGUCGCAUGCCAAAUAUUUUCUUAAAAGUGGAAACAGAACGUGUGAGCGAGCGGCAUGGCUGGGUGGUGCAAUGCCUAGAACCCCUGCAGAUGUUGGCCUUGCAUAUACCUGAGGAGAAUCGGUGUAUUGACAUCCUGGAACUCUCUGAGCAAGAAGAUCUCAUGAAAUUUCAUUACCACACUCUUAAAUUAUACUGCGCUGUAUGUGCACUGGGUAACAACCGUGUUGCACAUGCCUUGUGCAGUCACGUUGAUCAGUCCCAGCUACUGUAUACGAUUGAUAACCAGUACCUUCCUGGCCUCCUGCGUUCUGGUUUCUACAACCUUCUUAUCAGCAUUUACCUGGAGUCUGCCAAGGAGGGCAAGCUGAUGAUGAACAAUGAGUUUAUCAUACCCAUCACUGAUGAGACUCGGCAAAUUCAACUGUUCCCUGAUGAGUCAAAGAGGCAUGGCUUGCCCGGGGUUGGUCGUAGUACCUGUCUGAAGUCUGACCUUUAUUUUACAGCACCUUGCUUUGUGCUGACUGGAGAGGAGAGGCAACAGCAUGGCCCAGAGAUUCCAGUGGAUAUUCUUAAGUCCAAAGCUAUUGGCAUGCUUACAGAGGCCGUGCAAAGCAGUGGGGAUCACAUCAGAGACCCUGUUGGAGGAAAAGUAGAGUUCCAGUUUGUGCCAGUACUCAAGCUUAUUGCCACUCUUCUUAUUAUGGGAGUGUUUGAGGAUGAGGAUGUGCGUCAGAUUCUACUGCUCAUUGACCCAAAUGUUUUUGGCGACCACAAAGAAGAGGAAAUAGAAGAGAAUGGGGAGAAAGAAGACAUUGCUCAGGAUGAAGAGAAAGCUGUAGAGGCUGGUGAGAAAGCAACUAGAGACGACAAGGCUCCUGCCAAGGGCUUACUGCAGACUCGCCUUCCAGAGUCUGUCAAACUCCAGAUGUGCGAACUUCUUCAUUACUUCUGUGACUGUGAGCUGAAACAUCGUGUGGAAUCCAAUGUUGCCUUCUCUGACAAAUUUGUUUCUAAGCUGCAAUACAACCAGAAGUUCCGAUACAAUGAACUUAUGCUGGCACUGAACAUGUCAGCUGCUCUAACUGCCAAAAAGACGAGGGAGUUCCGCUCUCCUCCACAGGAACAGAUUAACAUGCUUCUGAAUUUCCAAAUGCAAGAAGACAGCCCUUGCCCAGAGGAAAUACGGGGUGAGCUAUAUGAGUACCAUGAAGAUCUUCUCAUGCACUGUGGUAUUCCUCUUGAGGAAGAAAAAGAGGAGGAGGAAGAUAAAUCAUGGACAGGUCGUCUUCGAUCACUAGUAUACAAGAUCAAGGGCCGGCCAAGGGCAGAAGAGCAAGAUCCUGCAGAGGAGGAGGAGAAGUCUCCUACCACACUUAAAGAGCUCAUCUCACAAACAAUGGUGCGCUGGGCACAAGAAGACCACAUCCAAGACCCCGAGCUUGUGCGUAUCAUGUUUAGCCUCCUACGUCGACAGUAUGAUAGUAUUGGAGAGUUACUACAUGCCAUGCGGAAAACCUAUACAAUCAGUGCUGCCUCUGUGGAAGAUACCAUUAACCUGUUGGCUUCUUUGGGUCAAAUACGAUCCCUUUUAAGUGUGCGAAUGGGCAAGGAAGAGGAAAUGCUUAUGAUUGAUGGCUUAGGUGACAUCAUGAACAACAAGGUCUUCUAUCAGCAUCCGAACCUGAUGCGUGUUUUAGGGAUGCAUGAGACUGUUAUGGAGGUCAUGGUGAAUGUUCUAGGGGGAGACAAGUCUCAGCAAAUUGCUUUUCCCAAGAUGGUGGCAAGCUGUUGCAGAUUCCUCUGCUAUUUUUGUAGAAUUAGUCGGCAAAAUCAAAAGGCCAUGUUUGAGCAUCUAGGUUACUUAUUGGAGAACAGUAGUGUUGGUUUAGCAUCUCCGUCUAUGAGGGGAUCUACACCUCUAGAUGUCGCUGCUGCAUCUGUAAUGGACAACAAUGAGCUUGCUUUGGCUUUGCAAGAACCAGACUUGGAGAAGGUUGUGACAUAUUUGGCAGGUUGUGGACUGCAGAGCUGUCCAAUGUUAAUAGCCAAAGGAUACCCAGAUAUUGGAUGGAAUCCCAUAGAGGGAGAGCGUUACCUAUCAUUCCUACGCUUUGCUGUCUUUGUAAACUGUGAGAGUGUUGAAGAAAAUGCCAGUGUGGUGGUGAAGCUAUUAAUCCGUCGACCAGAGUGUUUUGGGCCUUCUCUUAGAGGAGAAGGGGGAAAUGGUUUGCUGGCAGCUAUGCAGGAGGCUAUUAACAUCUCUGAGAACCCAGCUCUGGAUCUUCCUUCUCAGGGCUAUCAGAGGGAAGUGGUCGAAGAAGAUGAAGAAGAAGAGAUUGUACACAUGGGAAAUGCUAUAAUGUCCUUUUAUUCUGCACUCAUAGACUUGCUGGGGCGUUGUGCACCAGAGCCACAUUUGAUCCAGGCUGGUAAAGGUGAAGCUAUACGAAUACGCGCCAUCCUCCGAUCACUUGUGCCUACAGAAGAUCUUGUUGGGAUUAUUAGUAUCCCCCUAAAGCUGCCUGCUUUUAACAAAGAUGGCACAGUGUUUGAACCAGACAUGGCUGCUAGCUUUUGCCCUGAUCACAAGGCUCCCAUGGUGCUUUUCCUGGACCGUGUCUAUGGCAUUAGGGACCAACGCUUCCUCCUUCAUCUGCUAGAGGUGGCCUUUUUACCUGACCUAAGAGCAUCAGCAUCACUUGAUACAGCUUCCCUGAGUGUCACUGAGAUGGCUCUUGCUUUGAACCGAUAUAUCUGCUCUGCGGUACUCCCAUUGCUUACUCGUUGUGCUCCCCUCUUUUCCGGCACCGAACACUAUGCAGCACUAAUAGAUUCCACCCUGCAUACCAUAUACAGACUAUCCAAGGGGCGUUCUCUAACCAAAGCUCAGAGAGACACAAUUGAAGAGUGUCUGCUGUCAAUAUGCCAUCAUAUGCGGCCUUCUAUGCUUCAGCAGCUCCUGCGGCGUCUCGUUUUUGAUGUUCCCUUGCUCAGCGAAUACUGCAAAAUGCCACUGAAGCUUUUGACAAACCAUUAUGAACAGUGCUGGAAAUAUUAUUGCCUCCCUUCUGGAUGGGGCAGCUACGGUUUGGCCUCAGAGGAAGAACUGCAUCUGACUGAAAAGCUGUUCUGGGGGAUUUUUGAUUCCCUUUCCCACAAGAAGUAUGAUGCUGAACUCUUCAGAAUGUGCAUGCCCUGUCUCAGUGCAAUAGCUGGAGGUCUACCACCAGAUUAUGUUGAUACCAGAAUUAAAGCAACACCUGAGAAGCAAAUGUCAGUGGACGCUGAAGGAAACUUUGACCCAAAACCCAUUAAUACUGCCAAUCUUACAUUACCCGAGAAGCUGGAAUAUAUUGUCAAUAAAUACGCAGAGCAUUCCCAUGAUAAAUGGGCUUAUGACAAGCUACACAGUGGAUGGAAAUAUGGAACUACCCUUGAUGAAAAUACAAAAUCCCACCCGCUGCUGAGACCAUUUAAGACACUAACUGAAAAGGAGAAAGAAAUAUAUCGUUGGCCUGUAAGGGAAUCUGUGAAAACCAUGCUAGCAAUUGGAUGGAGUGUGGAAAGAACUAAAGAAGGAGAAGCCCUGGCACUGCACCGGGAAAAUGAAAAGAUGCGCAGUAUAUCCCAGACUAGCCAGGGAAAUGGCUACACUCCUGCUUCAAUUGAUCUGAGUAAUGUUGUCCUCUCCCGAGAGCUCCAGGGAAUGGUGGAAGUAAUGGCAGAAAACUACCACAAUAUAUGGGCAAAAAAGAAGAAGACGGAGUUGGAGACUAAAGGUGCAGGGAGCCACCCACUGUUGGUGCCCUAUGAUACCUUAACAGCAAAAGAAAAGGCAAGGGACCGUGAAAAAGCCCAGGAACUUUUCAAAUUUCUUCAAGUGAAUGGAUAUGCCAUAUCCAGAGGAUUAAAAGAUAUGGAGUUAGAUGCUUCUUCCAUGGAGAAGAGAUUUGCCUUCAAAUUUCUGAAGAAAGUUCUGCAUUACGUUGAUUCGGCUCAGGAAUUCAUUGCACAUUUAGAGGCGGUUGUUGGCAGCGGUAAAAGUGAGAAGUCACCACACGAACAAGAAAUCAAGUUUUUUGCCAAAGUUCUUUUGCCACUCGUUGACCAAUACUUUAAGAACCACUGCUUGUAUUUCCUCUCUUCUCCAAUUAAAACCCUCAGCAGUAGUGGCUAUGCAUCCAACAAAGAGAAAGAAAUGGUGGCAAGUCUGUUCUGCAAACUGGCAGCUCUUGUCAGACAUAGGAUCUCACUGUUUGGAAGUGAUUCUGCCACCAUGGUGAGCUGUUUGCACAUUCUGGCCCAGACGCUUGACACACGCACUGUAAUGAAGUCUGGAUCUGAGCUGGUGAAAGCUGGAGUUCGUGCUUUCUUUGAAAAUGCUGCAGAAGAUUUGGAAAAGACAUUAGAAAAUCUGAAGCUGGGGAAAUUUACUCACUCUAGGACUCAGAUGAAAGGAGUCUCCCAGAACAUUAACUACACCACAGUGGCCCUCCUUCCUAUACUGACAUCCAUUUUUGAACAUGUGGCUCGUCACCAGUUUGGAGUUGAUUUGCUGUUGGAUGAUGUUCAAGUUUCCUGCUACCGGAUCCUCUGCAGCCUUUAUUUACUUGGAACCGGAAAAAACAUCUAUGUUGAAAGGCAGCGGCCCGCCCUGGGAGAAUGUCUGGCAGCUCUGGCUGGAGCUAUUCCCGUGGCUUUUCUUGAGCCAUCACUAAACCACAACAAUCCACUCUCUGUUUUCAAUACCAAAUCUCCACGGGAGAGAGCUAUUUUAGGUAUGCCAGAUACAGUGGAAGAGAUGUGUUCAGAAAUGCCACACCUAGAGGGUCUUAUGAAAGAGAUUAAUGACUUGGCUGAAUCUGGAGCUAGGUACACGGAGAUGCCACAUGUCAUUGAGGUCGUCCUUCCAAUGCUAUGCAACUAUCUUUCUUAUUGGUGGGAGAGAGGCACAGAGAAUGUGCCAGAAAAUGCCAGGCCAUGCUGUACUCAAGUGACUUCAGAACACCUCAGUGUCAUACUGGGCAACAUCCUGAAAAUCAUUAACAACAAUCUGGGAAUAGAUGAAGCAUCUUGGAUGAAGAGAAUUGCAGUCUACGCUCAGCCAAUUAUCAGCAAGGCUCAACCAGACCUCCUAAAGAGCCAUUUUAUUCCCACACUGGAGAAACUGAAGAAGAAAGCAAUAAAGAUUGUGCAAGAGGAGGAGCAGCUGAAAGCAGACAGCAAGACUGACACUCAGGAAGCAGAGUUGCUCAUUCUUGAUGAGUUUGCGGUUUUAUGUAGAGAUCUGUAUGCUUUCUAUCCUAUGCUAAUCCGAUAUGUAGACAACAACAGGUCGAACUGGCUCAAAAAACCAGAUGCUGAUUCUGAUGAUCUGUUCAGAAUGGUGGCGGAAGUUUUUAUUCUUUGGUGUAAAUCACAUAAUUUUAAAAGAGAAGAACAGAAUUUUGUGAUUCAGAAUGAGAUCAAUAAUUUGGCAUUCCUGACCGGAAACAACAAGAGUAAGAUGUCUAAACCCAUACAAGUGAAGUCUGGAGGGCAAGACCAGGAGAGGAAGAGAACAAAGCGCAGAGGAGACCUUUACUCCAUACAGACUUCCCUGAUUGUGGCUGCCUUGAAAAAGAUGCUACCCAUUGGGCUGAAUAUGUGCUCCCCGGGGGAUCAGGAACUCAUUUCACUUGCAAAGAGCCGAUAUUGCCUUAAAGACACAGACGAAGAAGUAAAAGAACACUUACGCAGCAACCUCCACCUGCAGGAAAAAUCUGAAGAUCCUGCAGUUAAAUGGCAGCUGGAUUUGUACAAGGAUAUUCUGAAAAGUGAGGAGACCGACCCUGAGAAAGCUGUAGAACGUGUUCAGAAAAUAUCUGCUGCUGUCUUCCAUCUUGAACAGGUGGAGCAGCCCUUGAGAUCUAAGAAAGCUGUCUGGCACAAACUCCUGUCGAAGCAGAGGAAGCGAGCUGUUGUGGCCUGUUUUCGCAUGGCCCCUUUGUACAAUCUGCCAAGGCACCGUUGUAUUAACCUCUUCCUCCAUGGUUAUCAGAGAUUUUGGAUACAAACAGAGGAAAAUUCCUUUGAGGAGACACUAAUUCAGGAUUUGGCUAAACCCAAAAGGAAAGAUGAAGACGAAGAGGAGGAGACAGAGAAAAAUCCAGAUCCUCUUCACCAGAUAAUUUUACAUUUCAGUCGCAAUGCCCUUACUGAGAGGAGUAAGUUGGAGGAUGACCCACUGUAUACAGCAUAUGCAGCAAUGAUGGCAAAGAGCUGUCAAAAUGAAGAAGAAGAAGAUGAGGACAAAGAGAAAACAUUUGAAGAAAAAGAAAUGGAAAAACAAAAGACAUUAUACCAGCAGGCUCGUCUACAUGAGAGGGGGGCUGCUGAGAUGGUGCUUCAGAUGAUCAGUGCAAGUAAAGGUGAAAUGAGCCCUAUGGUUGUGGAAACACUCAAACUUGGAAUAUCGAUUCUAAACGGCGGCAAUACCGUAGUACAACAGAAAAUGUUAGACUACUUGAAAGAGAAAAAAGAUGCUGGAUUCUUCCAGAGUUUGUCUGGCCUAAUGAUGUCAUGCAGUGUUCUUGACUUGAAUGCAUUUGAAAGGCAGAACAAAGCAGAAGGCCUUGGAAUGGUUACGGAAGAAGGAACACUCAUUGUCCGUGAACGAGGUGAGAAGGUUUUACAGAAUGAUGAAUUUACAAGGGACCUCUUUAGAUUCCUGCAACUACUGUGUGAAGGACACAACAAUGACUUUCAGAAUUUCCUCAGAACCCAGAUGGGAAAUACCACCACAGUAAAUAUUAUCAUUAGCACCGUGGAUUAUCUUCUCCGUCUCCAGGAAUCUAUCAGUGACUUCUACUGGUACUACUCGGGGAAGGAUGUGAUUGAUGAAUCUGGACAGCGCAACUUUUCCAAAUCUCUGGCUGUUACCAAACAAAUAUUUAACUCGCUCACUGAAUACAUUCAGGGUCCAUGCAUAGGAAAUCAGCAGAGUUUGGCACACAGUAGGCUAUGGGAUGCUGUGGUUGGGUUUCUCCAUGUCUUUGCAAACAUGCAGAUGAAACUGUCACAGGACUCUAGCCAGAUUGAACUGCUUAAACAGCUUCUUGAUCUCCUUCAAGACAUGGUGGUCAUGCUGCUGUCUCUCCUAGAAGGCAAUGUGGUUAAUGGAACUAUUGGAAAACAAAUGGUUGACACUCUUGUAGAAUCGUCCAGCAAUGUUGAAAUGAUCCUUAAGUUCUUUGACAUGUUCCUAAAGCUGAAAGACCUAACUAGCUCUGAUGCAUUUAAAGAGUAUGACCCAGAAGGGAAAGGAAUUAUCUCCAAGAAAGAGUUUCAAAAAGCCAUGGAGGGGCAAAAGCAAUAUGCCCAGUCUGAAAUUGAAUUCCUUCUUUCUUGUGCUGAAGCAGAUGAAAAUGACAUGUUUAACUAUGUUGAAUUUGUAGACAGAUUUCAUGAACCAGCUAAAGAUAUUGGAUUUAAUGUGGCCGUUUUGUUGACUAAUCUCUCAGAGCAUAUGCCAAAUGAUUCACGGCUCCAGUGUUUGUUGGAUCCUGCAAACAGUGUUCUAAACUACUUUUCUCCAUACUUGGGUCGUAUUGAAAUUAUGGGUGGAGCAAAAAGAAUAGAGAGAGUAUAUUUCGAGAUAAGUGAGUCAAGCCGGACACAGUGGGAGAAGCCACAAGUCAAAGAGUCAAAGAGACAAUUUAUUUUUGAUGUAGUCAAUGAAGGCGGAGAGCAGGAAAAAAUGGAACUCUUUGUUAACUUCUGUGAGGACACAAUUUUUGAGAUGCAGCUGGCCUCUCAGAUUUCUGAGUCAGACACAACAGAUAGACCUGAAGAAGAAGAAGAGGAGGAACCUCACCAUGUGCUUGAAGUUGGUGAAGAAGAUGAGGAAGAAAAAUCUUUGGAAUCUUCUUCUGCUUUUAUUGUAGCUUGCACAGCGCUGAGGAAAAACACUUCCAAUUUUUUAAAAAUGCUAACUUUGAAAAACAUUAGCAAACAGUUUAGGAAGGUGAAAAAAAUGACCAUUAAAGAAUUAGUGAAAGUCUUCUUCUCAUUUUUCUGGACUCUAUUUGUUGGUCUGUUCCAAUUUGUGUUUACCAUUAUAUGGGGAAUAUUCCAGAUUCUUUGGAGCACUGUGUUUGGAGGUGGCCUAGUUGAAGGGGCCAAAAACAUUAAAGUUACCAAAAUAUUAGGAGACAUGCCUGAUCCCACUCAGUUUGGAAUCCACGAUGAUGUCCUGGAAACCGAAAAAGCAGAUGCCCCUGAACAUGCUACAUCAGCAGAACUGGCCCAUCUUGUUAAAGUAGAGAAAGGAGAGAUUGACAUGCCUGAUAUAUUUGGUAUACAAAGCAAAAAAGAAAGCUCUAAGCAUGGUCAAGAAAUCGGUCUGGGUGAUUUCUCCGAGCAUGUAGGAACAGAGCGCACAACCAGCUUGGAAAGUGCUGUCCACAAAAAGAGAAAAACUCUUGAAGCAGAAAUAGCUAAAGAAAUUGCUAAAGAACAUGAAGACAACUCUAAAGCUGAAUCUGAGAAGGCCGAUAUGGAAGAUGGUGAGAAAAAGGACAAAGCUAAAGCUGAGGAACAGUCUGAAUUCUUGGAAAGCAAAGCAGAAACGAGAAGCAAGAAAAGACGUGGACAGAAAAAAGAGGAAUCUGAAGCAUUUAUGGCAAAUUUUCUGGCAGGAUUGGAGAUCUACCAAACCAAAACGCUAAAUUAUCUGGCAAGAAAUUUCUAUAAUCUACGAUUCCUUGCUCUGUUUGUUGCAUUCGCCAUUAACUUCAUUUUAUUGUUCUACAAGGUAACUGAGGAUCCUGUCAGCGAUGACACAGAUAAUGAACAAAACCUAUGGAACCCAUAUCAGGAAGAUGAGGAAGCAGAGGAGGGAGCCGUUUACUUUGUUCUACAAGAAUCCACUGGCUACAUGGCUCCAACACUACGUAUCCUGGCUGUUAUUCACACCAUCAUUUCUUUCGUCUGUGUUAUUGGAUAUUACUGUCUAAAGGUUCCUCUGGUGGUAUUUAAACGUGAGAAGGAAAUUGCUCGUAAUGUAGAGUUUGAUGGACUAUAUAUCACAGAGCAGCCCUCAGAUGAUGACAUUAAAGGACAAUGGGAUCGCCUUGUCAUCAAUACUCCGUCUUUCCCUAAUAAUUAUUGGGAUAAAUUUGUUAAGAGGAAGGUCAUCAAUAAAUAUGGAGACCUAUAUGGAGCAGAUAGAAUUGCUGAACUGCUUGGAUUGGAUAAAAAUGCUCUGGAUUUCAGCCCUGUAGAAAAGACCAAAAUCGAGGCGGGAUCACUUGUAUCAUGGCUGAGUUCCAUUGACAUGAAGUACCAUAUCUGGAAGCUUGGAGUGGUUUUUACUGACAAUUCCUUCCUUUACCUUGCUUGGUACACAACCAUGUCAAUACUUGGACACUACAACAACUUCUUCUUUGCAGCUCAUCUCCUGGAUAUUGCAAUGGGCUUCAAGACCUUAAGAACCAUUCUUUCCUCAGUUACCCACAAUGGAAAACAGCUGGUGCUCACAGUUGGACUUCUGGCGGUAGUUGUUUAUCUUUACACUGUUGUGGCCUUCAACUUCUUCCGGAAGUUUUACAAUAAGAGUGAAGACGAAGAUGACCCUGAUAUGAAGUGUGAUGACAUGAUGACGUGUUACCUGUUCCACAUGUAUGUGGGAGUGAGAGCUGGAGGUGGCAUUGGAGAUGAGAUUGAAGACCCUGCCGGUGACCCUUAUGAGAUGUAUCGUAUUGUGUUCGACAUCACCUUCUUCUUCUUUGUUAUUGUCAUACUUCUGGCCAUUAUUCAAGGUUUGAUCAUUGAUGCUUUUGGAGAACUGAGAGACCAACAAGAACAAGUGAGAGAAGACAUGGAGACAAAAUGUUUCAUUUGUGGAAUUGGAAAUGAUUACUUUGACACGACACCGCAUGGCUUUGAAACACACACCUUACAAGAGCACAAUUUGGCGAACUAUCUGUUCUUCCUCAUGUAUAUAAUUAAUAAAGAUGAAACCGAACACACUGGCCAGGAAUCGUAUGUCUGGAAAAUGUAUCAGGAGAGAUGUUGGGACUUCUUCCCAGCAGGUGACUGUUUCCGCAAGCAGUAUGAAGACCUACUCGGAUAAUGAAUACACAUUUCACUGAGAGCAAGAUUCAUGGGGAGGAGACUGCAUCUGGAACAAAGACUUACCCAAACGGACACAUUUACUUGUAGGCCACUCUUCCCAACAGUGUCACAACCUGCUUGUGGAUGUGUAUUAUAUAUACACAAGUCUAUAGACUAAUGUGCAAUGAAAUAUGAGAGUCACAGAACAAAGAAUAUCACUACAGUGCAUCAAAACAAUGCUACACCGUGCUCGUUUAGCCAUAGUGCAUUUUUCAAGUCACUUAAAACAUACAAGGAAAGUAACUAGGAUUUGGUGCAAACCAGCAAGGACUAAAAGGGAAAGUUUAUAAAUCAGUGAUAUUCAGCCUGACUGCAUCUGCUUCCCAGCAAAUCUUGAUUUUUGUCAGUGAUAAAACCACGGGCAGACAUCUCAUUACAGAAAUGCCAUACAUCUGGCUGCCCAAGAACUAAAAAGGGCUAAUAGACACACACACACACACACACACCUUAGCAGCUGAUGUGAUGGGAGUUUUGUGCACUAUGUCAUUUUCUUCCAUCACAGCAGUUAAAGUGCAGAUUUAUUGUACAAGUUUAAAACCACAAAUUUUGCAGAUUCACCCCAGCAAUUAGAAAUGAUUCUGUGUCUGGAGAAGCAUGCAGUUUUCUUUUUCUAUUUUUACUUUGCCAAUGAGGCUUUUAAGGAUGUCACUUAAAACAAAAUAAUAAUUAUCAGAUGCUAGUCACAGACGCCAAGUUAAUCGAAGUUUGCUGCAACUGUUUGUAAGGAUGUUUAUGCUAUGAAGCCUGGAGGAAUUCAGUUGGACGUACACAGGCUGAAAUUGUCAUGGCCUUAGGUAUUAACGGUAAGCUGCUGGAUAUCUCUGUGGCUGAGAGCUCUGACUAUACAAGUUUACCUGUGUAAGAAAGCCUAGUCUGACAAAAUGGUAGCAUUUAGCUGUAUAGAUUGAGACGCAGCUUCAGGCAGUUGAAGGAAAUGAUAGUAAGGGAAAAGUUUGUUCUUAACACUUUUUCGACCGUGAACUUAAUCGAUUAAGUGCCUUAACCGUCUGUAGACGUAGCUAUGCAAGACUUUUUUUUUUUUCUUCUUUCAUGUUAGUACAUUAGAUUAAUGAAAUUCACAAAUGUUGUGCUGUUCUUUGUCUUACUGUAUGAAAUGAGAAACUGCAUUCAGUUGCUAUUUAGUUUUUCUUUCAAUGACAGUUUGCUGUUAUUUAAAGAAACUGGAAUGUAUCUAAUUAUAUUCUCUUAAAUGGAAAUAUUAUGCCAAAUUCAAGCACUGCUUUCUGGUCAUUGGUAAGUGCUGUAGUGAAGCUGCUAACUUUAUGCAUUUUUCUUCAAAUACAAUAAAGUGCCCAUCGCAAUAAAUAAAUUAUGAACCA